GUUUAUCGCUGUGUCAGUCACGGGACCGGGCCGUGACGCCGGAUGCGACGCUUCUGAUAGAGGCCAAUCGCACCGAGCUCUGCAGACGUUCUGCCAGCUCCGAGCCGUCAGUUCGAGGUCGGCAGUCGGCGCUGGAGGUUUGCUUUCUCUGCACCAGUGUCAACAUGUCGGCCCUCAGCGGCAGAGUGGCGACGUUCCUAGCUUUGAACACGCUGAUCGUGACGGCUGGCUGUGCCGAGGGCAAGUCCAUACCGCUGACAAAGUUCAUAAAGCUGGCGGUGCACUCUGAGCUGCAGCCAAUCAUCAGCCAACUGCAGUCGGGACAAGAACAGCUGGAGAUCAGGCUGGAGUCGAGGAUGGCGACUUUAGAACGCAGAAUCGAGUCACAGUUGGAGUCCAUCGAAGACAGGCUGACUCUGCUCAACUCCCGAAUGGAGGAGCUGACCGGCCGACUGGACGGCCAGCAGACUCAGCUAGACGAGGUCAUCACACAGCUGAUCGGCCAGAACUCCCAGCACGACGAGAACACUGUCACAGGGAACGAGCACACAGAACGACUGAGAGCUAUCGCUAUCACCAUGGAAAAGUAUAAUACAGAAAUGCGUAAAUUGGCUACGAGGCUCGACAGUCAGCAGUCACAGCUGAACAAACUUAGCAGUCUACUCAGCGAACAAAAAACCAUGGACGGCGACGUUGCAGUGACUAUGAAUAACGAUACAGUGAAGCAGAAACACCCACGUGAUUGCAGCGACCUGCCUGCCGGCUCCCCAUCUGGAGUUUACCUCAUUCGGCCCAGUGUUGACAGUCAACAACGAUACGUCGAGGCGUUCUGCGAUAUGGAAACUGCCGGAGGGAACUGGACGGUGAUCCAGCGGAGAAACGACAUCCAACCCCGCCAGAAUUUCUUCCUCGGAUGGUCGGCUUAUAAGAAAGGAUUCGGCAACGAAACCCAGGAAUUCUGGUGGGGCUUGGAAAAGAUAAGGCAGCUGACGUCGUCAAAGGACCGACGGUACGAGCUCCGUAUUGACCUAGAGGCGUUUAACGGCAGGCAGGCAUACGCUUUGUAUCAAGGAUUCGCCAUCUCUUCUGAACUGGAUGGCUACAGAUUGAGGAUUUCCAACUACUCGGGAAAUGCCGGGGAUGGUCUGCAGUAUGGCGUCAAUGAGAAGUUCUCGACCUAUGACCGUGACCAGGACGGCUCGUCGUACUAUAACUGUGCACGACGCGUCCAAGGGGCCUGGUGGUUUGGUAGGGUGUGCGGAUACAGCACCAUGAAUGGGCCGUACCAGGACAGCCGUAGCAGCGACUGGGCUGGAAUAUGGUGGGUCAUGUGGAGGGGACUGGACUCACCAAAGAAGACCGAGAUGAAAAUCAGGCCAACAGCCCAACAUAGGUGAUUUACAUCAAAGGACAACACAGUGAUUAUACCGGUGACACACGCACAGUGCGGCAGUCACGAUUAUUUACUAGUGCACUGCACGCACUGCACUACCAUGUACUGUGAGGGUCAGAAUAAGAAUGGAUUUGUGUCACUAAAGAUUGUACAUACUAAGAUUUACAGUUUGACAAUCAAUAUAUCCUGUAACUAUGGCAAAGGAAGUCCCAUCAAGAUGAGUGGUGAGAGAGUGGUGAGAGCGGUGGGCCUUACACAAACUUACAUAUGAUGGUCUUACUUUUUUGUCGUGUUAUGAUAUAUGGCAAGAGUACUCCAGUGCACAUCUGGUCCAGAUGAUAGACAAGUAGGGUGCCGGCCGUGCAAAAGUCAGUUGGAACCCAGUUUGCACGUGCGCGCGUGCAGAGUGCCACUCCAUAUACCUGGCCGUUCCCACAGCUCAAGAAUGGCUAGGCCGAUUGUGCUUAAAAGAAUCGAUACAAUGGCGCAUUUUAUGUUUCAAUCAAUAUGUUUACAAGUCAUAUAUGAUUAGAUGCACCAUAAAGUUAAUGUUCAAGGUUUAUGUAUGCAGGCAGUGUGUGUAAUCUCUACCAGCUGAUUAGGAAUAAAUGGUUAUUCGCAGUCA